UUAUAUAUGCGUUUUCUGUCGUUAAUGCCUGUCAGCUUUGACAAAAUGGAUGCUUAUCAUUGAUUCUCGCUGCUGGAAAGAGGCUUUUUAUAUCCUCAGAAUGCCCGGUUCUGUAUCGAUGAUUAUAAUUCUAGCUUCUAGUCUGUCUGUCCUUUGCGAGUGUCCUUCUGCCCAUUUCAAUAUGUCUCCCGGCCCCACGAAUAGUACCACAAUGUGGCCUCCUGGUACACUUCCUCUUGCGGAUAUCACUGCGUCCCAAGGAGGAGAGAUCAUUCUGCAGCCCCAGCCUUCGGACGAUCCCAAUGAUCCCCUCAAUUGGGCCCGAUGGCGCAAAGGUUUGAAUAUGGGAUUAGUCUGCUUUUAUGUUGCCAUGGUCGCCGAGCUCAUCAACGCAAAUUCUCCGACAUGGGGUCCCAUGGAGAAGGAACUUGGAUAUACCAACGAUAUCCUAAAUGACAGUUAUGCUGCUGGUUGUGCAGCUUUGGCAGUUGGCUCCGUUAUUCUGAUUCCCUUUGCACUCAAAUUUGGCCGUCGACCGUUGUAUUUACUAAGUACGAUGGUUCAGUUUGCCGUUUCGAUAUGGUCUGCUAAAAUGCAAACUGUGGGGGACUUAAUGGCAAUUAACGUUAUACAGUGCUUCUUUGGAAGUCUGGCGGAGGUCAUCGUCCAAAUGACUAUCGCAGAUCUCUUUUUCGUGCACCAGCGAGGAAGAAUGAAUUCUCUAUACGUCUGGACAUGGCUUCUUUCUAGUUACCUAGGAAUUCUUGUUGCUGGGUUUGUUGCUAGUGGCCUUGGUUGGAGAUGGAUUUGGUGGUUGAACGCCAUCAUCUUCGGCGUUAACAUUUUUGUUGUCGGCUUUGGAUAUGAAGAAACAAAGUUCUGUCCACCAGUUUCACUUCCAGCUGCAGAGGAGGUUCACCCAUUGAAUAUAAUGAUGAAGAAGGAAGACCGGAACCAAGACAUCAAGAAAGACGAGAACUUGGGGAAGCUUGAGAUCAAGCAAACAAAUGCGGACCAAGGCGCCCUAGGUCGUGCCUCAUUUGAAUUGCCCGAGAAAACACCCACAUCUACUCCUGUUACAAUCAACCGCAAUAUCCCCAUGAAGACAUAUUGGCAAACACUACGCCGUCAUCUACUAGCACGAACCACUCUUUCUUCCAGCAUAUGUAUCAGCCUCUCAUCAUUCUGGCAACAAUUCCCGCCGUCGCUUGGACGGCUCUUGUUUACGGCAUCUUGGUGGCACUGGGAGAUGUCAUGUCCACUACUAUGUCCGCAUACCUCCCUAAACACCCGUACAACUUCUCUCCCUAUCAGAGUAAUUGGGGUCACUAUUGGUGCGCUCAUCGUCGGCCCACUAAGCGAUUGGUGGAUUGUUUUUCUCUCUCGACGGCGCCAUGGGAUUUUCGAGCCAGAGAUGCGCCUAUGGUGUAUGAUUCCCUUUCUACCGUUUGUCAUCGUUGGUGCUCUUCUAUUUGCUAUUGGGCUUAAUGACCAUCGAUCCUGGCCUGUUAUUGCUGUCGGCUUGGCUUUAUAUAACGUCGGCGUGACCCCAAUUAACACCGUCACCGUCACCUACCUAACCGACUCAUAUAAAGAAAUAGUUGGAGACGCAAUCGUGGGUGUUACUUUCAUCCGGAAUUCCUUCAGUACCGCAUUCAUCUUCGCACUCGCCCCCUGGGUUGCAAAGGUCGGUCUCAAAAAUACCUUCAUCACUAUCUUGGUCAUGGCAAUUGCUAUUCUAAUGAUCUUCGUUGUCUUUCUUCGAUAUGGAAAGGCGAUCCGACGCAUAUUUGCUUCUCGAUACAUUCAUUAUGCAGCUCUCCAGUAUAAGGAAAGGGGCCUAGAUUAGGCUUGUUUAUAUUGGAGUAUCAUAUUUUGCCUGUGACUCGUUAAAGUUG